UCUGAAUGGUAGGGAGAAGAGAUCGUCUUUUUGAGACGCCAUCUUAAAAUAAAGUGAUAUAAGUUUUUGGUAGCGUAGAUAAUAGUUAAAAUCCAAAGUAAUCUUUGUUAAGGGAUAAGCAAUUGAAUUUAAACCAUUAUUGUUUUCUAUAUUAAGUCUUAAGAGACCAAGUUGGUAGUCAGUGCGAGGGGAACUCCUGAUGGUGUGUACAUCGCAGCAUGUCUGCACUCUCAACGCCGGGCGGCGGAGGCACUACGGCGCAGAGCAAGCCGACGUCCGGCAAGCAAAAAUAUCAGAAAUUGGACAUCAAUAGCUUGUAUUGCGCUAAUAGAAAUGAAAACUCAGAACCGUCCUCAGUAAAAUCUCAACUAAGCCGCAAACAUGGAAUGCAAAGUCUUGGAAAAGUACCAUCCGCUCGAAGACCACCAGCUAAUUUGCCAUCUUUGAAAACUGAAAUUGGUCAAGAUACAACUGCCAACUCAACUUCUGCUGUUACUACAACCGUAUCUGCACCACCACCAUGUACUACCCAAACAACAACAGCACCAUCGAACAGCAAUGUGGUUGUCGGCCCAGGCGGUUGGGUGUCGUUACCACCACCGUCAUCUCCACACUUCCGCACAGAGUUUCCCUCUUUGGAAGCAGCCGCACAACCAUCACAUCGUACCGGAGAACACACUGGACCUCAGCCACAACUGAGACCACAAACGGAAGGCAGCUGGACGUGCGGUGGAUCAGUGAGCGGCAGGCAAGAAAGUGGUUCCGCUCCCGUUGCUGCCGCACCUGCUGCGGCUCCCACCUCGCAACAAACUCCAGCAUUCCGCGCCAUCUUGCCAUCCUUUUUGAUGAAAGGUAGCAGUGGUAGUGGAGGGCUCGGGUUAGGCGGUCUCGGAGCGCUGCGUGAGCGCGGCGGUGGGGGAGCCGGUAGUGGCCCCCAGCGAGAGCGCGGUGCCACCCGAGCACCUCCCACGCCCCGCGCCGUCGAAGUACUCACGGCGCGACCCAUUCUGCGUGACGAGCAGAUUUCUUCCCUCGACGAUAUUUCACGUGAUGCUGGCUGGGCUCAGCACGAUGACAUCGAUUACGACCAAAAAUUGGACUUUUCCGAUGGAGAAUCUUCAGCUCCCACAAAAGGGAGCACUAAGAGCAGUAGCACUCGGGCCAGCAUCGAAAGUGAACGAGCUGAAAUAAAAAUGCAUGAGCUUGGUGAUGAAGACCAAAUGUGGGCUGAAAGACGACAAAAGCAAAAUAAUGAAGUAGCACAAGCCGUUGCACGUGCUCGGCAACGGAAAGAAGAAGAGCAGCGCCGGCAAUUACGGGACGCCCCCUCAUCUAACUCUCAAUCUAAAGAUUUUCGUGGAGAUCGGGAACGCAACGAAAAUCGUGAAAGGGAUUUGGAACCAAGGGAUAAAGACAGGGUCGAAAGUAAAAAUAGAGAUCGUGUCGAGCGCGAUAGGGAUCGGAUUGAUAAGGAGAAAGAAAGAAACGAUUGGGAUACACGAGAUAAAGAUCGUGUACAUGAAAACAGAGAUCGUAAUCGAAUGGAUGCUAGGGAACGAUUUGACAAUAGAGAUCGCGACUUGAAAUCUGAUCGGGAACGUGAUGUACGAGCGGAUCGUGAUAACGACCUUCGAGAUCGUGAUCGUGCCGAAAAUAGAGAUAGAGGUCGCGGCGAGAAUCGAGAGCGUCAUGAAAAUGAUAAAGAGAGGAUGGAUAAUCGUAAUGAGAGAGACAGAGCAGACCGUGAUAGGUUCGAUAGAGAAAGAGAACGUGAUCGCGAACGUGAACGUGAGCGUGACCGAGAUAGAGAUACAGCAAGAGAAAGAAAUGAUAGAGACCGCGAGUUUAGAGAUCGUGAUCGAGAGUAUGGUCGCGAUCGUGAUCAAAAUAAUCCAGCGUUUUCCAAGACUUUUCAAGCAAAUAUUCCACCCCGAUUUUUGAAACAACAACAAAACAGACAACAAGACGAUCCAAAAGCAGGAUGGGCCUUUUCGGGUAAACCUGCCCCAAGGAGACAAGAUGUACAGCCUUUUUCUGCUCCGAGACAUGUACAGCACAACAAUGGUCGCAGAUCUUAUUCCAGGGAUUAUUCAGAUCGAGAAGAAGUUUUUAGAAGGGAGAAAGAAGGACCUGGACCGCAAUGGCGGUCUGAAAUGCAAGAUUUUGAAAGAUUCGGAAAGGAUCUUGAGAGGUCUAAUUCUAAAGAAUCUUAUAAAGAAUAUGUCGACUACAAAGAUAGAAGAAACGAAUGUGACAAAAGAAGUACUGAAAAUAUAAUUGAAACUAAUUCUAGAUCUGCUGCAGAAAAAUUGAGUGAAGUAUUUGAAAGAAAAAGCAUUGGAAUAUCAGAGACUGUAUCCUCUGAUUCAUCAGUGCAAACUCCUGGCUCUAUAAAACUAAGUUCACCUGUACCUCCUUCUGCAAGAGAAUCAUCUGAAAAAGAGUUUAGUAAAACAUCUUGGGCAGAUGCUGUUCAAGAUGAACAAACGCAUAUUGCAACAUUAAAGACUUCUCUUGAAAAAGUGUCUGUGCUAAUGGAUAAUGACAAGGUUCCUAAAGACCCACCAAAAGUAGAAAAUGAUGAACCAAGUCAUGCUUCUCAAUCAGCAAAAAAUGUAUCUCAACUUUCUUUGUCUUUAUCUAAAGGAAAUUUAAUUCCAUCACUUUCUCAGAUCCAAUCUCAAAAACCUGAAACUAGUACAUCAAAUACUCAAGGUAUUAGUUACAAUCAAGUACUAUCUCAAUCAGGAUCUUUAGCUAAUUCCACUCAAUCUGUUCUUAAUAAUAAUCACACACAAAUGUCUUUCCCUGAACAACAAGUUGCAAAACCAUCUUUUUCUGCUGUUUCCAAACAAAAUUCUCAAAAUGAAAAUCUUCAUAAUUCUUCAUUACUUUUACCAACAUCAAAGCAAAUGCCUGAGCCACAAACUCAAAUAGCAAAACCUAAAUUGUCAGCUGCUAAAACAGAAAAAGAACUUUCUGAAUCUGAUUCGGUAGUACCAAAAUCCAGUACUGAGCCAACUGUGAAGUACAAUGAAACGCAGUCUACAGAUUCACUUCAAGAUUGCAAUGAAGGUCAAAAACGUCACACUGAUGACAAGAAAAAUGAGAGAUUUACUAAUGAACAACAUAUCAAAAUUCCCCUUAAAGAACCCAUAGAAAGGAAGUCUAGUGGGUCUGGUUCUGAGAAAAAGGUUAGAGGCUAUGCAGGAAGCGGAGGAUAUGCUGUGUACAAUAGAGGUUGGGGAUCAAGGGAAUCUCGUGGAAGACGGUCACAUCGCAGUUCCCGUUCAAAUAAUAGGGCUAGUGAAUCUGAUGGAUCUACUGAUGGAGCUCUCAAUUCAGAACGCAGGGAACGGCGUAGAGCACCUCGUAGUCCACGAGGACCGAAAAAGUCUGAUAAGCCUGAUGAGUUAAAUCCCGCAGUACAAGAUCAAACUCCGACAACUAUUGAUAUAUUGGAAAAUCGAGAACCGUUUGCACCUCGCGGGCAACCUUCUAGAAGGGGUAGGGGUGGUUUCCAGGGAUCCGCACGUCCACCAGCUCCUGCUAAAAGAGUAGUAGGAUAUGGCCCUCCUAAUACGAAGAGUCCAUUCAGUCAAGCCAAUAGAGCAGUGAAAGAUACUGAAGAAGUUAAGGAUAACAUUGAUGAUAGAGGAAAACCAAACAAGCCACGUGCUGGUUCGACGUCAGGUAGAGGACGUGAUCGUCGUCCUAAAGGUGGAGCUCCGAGUGGGGAAGAUGAAAAUUGGGAAACGACAUCUGAACAUUCCGAAGGAGGUGGUACUUCCGGUCGCCGUCGUUCUGCUCAAUCUCAAAAGAAUAGUAGAAAUGCUAAUUCCAGUAAUCGUCAAAAUGGACGUAUUUCACAAGGAGGAAAGAAAGACGUAGUUACAGGUGAAAAUAAAACUGCUGCUGAAAUAACUGAGGCCAUUUCUGAUCUGAAGUUAAACACUAAAAAUGACGAAGUUAUCGAUGACGGUUUUCAAGAGGUCCGCAAUAAAAAGAGUUCCAAAGAUACCCGACCACCUGCAAAAGAAGAUGGUCAAGGUUCUGGAAAACAGUCAAGAUCUCAUUCUAAUCAAGGAAAUGGUCGCAAUCGAUCGUCGACUAGAAACUCCAAUGAUAAAUCCACAAACAGAAGCUCCGCCCCAGUACCAGGCAAAUCCGGAUCUCAAUAUGAUAGACCUCGACAGGCGAACUUAGCCCCUCGUUUUGUGAAACAACGACAGCAAAGGCAGCAAGUAGGCGGCUUAGUGAGCGCAUGCGGCCCCGAUACCGGCGCCGCACCGCCGCCACCCGCAGUUAAUGCAUGGGAUAAACCCAUAUCCCAAACCUUACGUGGUAAUGUAGAAGAAAAUGUAGAUUUAGUUGAAAAUAAAUCUGCGCAAUCCAGUCAGCGUAGCACACCAGCUGAGACGUCGACUGAUAUCAAGACUGCUCCCACUCCUUGUACUCUAUCUGCUGAUAAAACAAGUAUGUUAGAUGGAGCAACGCCGCCUGUAGAAACCAUAAUUUUUGAAAAUACCAACUAUAAGACUGCUACACCAGAUGAGGCCUUGCAACAAAAAUAUCAACUAAAUUCUAAUAUGUCUAAAAAUCAAACUGAAGAAGUAUCCACUGAAAUAGAUAGUCGUUCCCUGACAUUUAACGGAGAAGUUAGGGGACGUCCUAGAUCCAUACAAGAACUUAUGGCAGAGAGUGGGAGACAAUCUGCAGAAGGGGACGCGUCGUUAGGCUUACAAAUGUCAUUUGACACAACACAAAAAACAGAAGAUUCUGACAUGAAACUUGAUUUUGGCUUUGAUUCAGAUUUGGGACAACUUUCAGAAGAUAAAUCAGCUAAGUCGCUGGGUUUACCACGUGGUGUCCACAUGAGCACUUCUAAUACGAUUUCGCCUCUGGCAGCUGAUCUUAAUUUAAAAAUCGCUAGUGUUAAGAAGGUCUGGGAGAUGCCUGCUGUUGCGGAAAAUACGGAGGAAUUACAAUUUACUGGAUUUGAAGAAACCAAUACAGAAAGCGCUCCACCUAAUGUGUGCAAAGUGAAGCCAACGCAACAAUUGCAGUCCCCACCGCCUCAACAUUACAACCACGUGGGCUAUCAGGGAGGGUACGGUGGGCUAUCAGUUCCGUCGCCGCCUGCCAUGUUGUUUAACUCAUCACAGCAAUUGUUAGGAUCUUCUCAACAGCUUCCCCAGCAGGGUGGACUUUACGGAGCUUUCUUGGAUCAGAGUAGAGGUCAAUUUGGUGGUUUUCCUGGUACUCCAUAUGGCGCCGGUUCAGCGGCCCCCUAUAACUACCAACCGCCACCGGAUAUGUUUUCUAGUAUUCCAAGCCAAUAUAGGAUGGCAGCAGGCGGGGGUGCAGCUUUUGGCCAAUCAGGGCAGCUUGGAAACAGUCCUAGUACAGUGCUCAUAUCUAGUACAUCUAAUUCUCUAAUGUCUGCAACUGUGAAGCCCACUACUCAACAAAUUGGUGCCAUAGGUGCAGGCAGCAAAGGCGGCGGUGUGGGUGGAGUAGGAGGCGUCAACACCUACGGCCAACAGUACCUAGGAUACUCAGGACCUGUGGGCGAAGCCCCGUACUCACUCUUGCCACGACCGGCUCCGCCAGCUUCCUCGUACUAUUCACCUUACCAACCACCAACUGCGCCAGCACCUACCUAUCCUCUCCAGUUUACGCAACCUGCGCAGUCUGGCGCCUUUGGCUCCCAAUUUCUCUCUUCGCAACUACAGGUUGCCGCCGCUGUACAACAGAUGCAACAACAAUAUAGAGCGCCUUUACAACAACAGUAUCCUCCGCCGCAACCACAGCCUCGUUUACCCCCUCAACAACAAUUGAAGAGUCCUCUUCACGAGCAUGCCAAUGGAUUCGCGCCACUUUGCGAUGCAGCGUCACCGACUCCGAAAGGUGGUGGAAAACCGCAAAAGCCGCCACAUUCUCCACCGCAACACAAGUAUCACGCCCCGCCUCAGCAUCCACCGCCGGCACACACACCCCAUCAACACCAUCAACAACAGAUGGUGAGCGGCGGCAACAACGGGCGUUGCGGCGGGGGCGGGGGCGGAGCGGCAGGAGUCAUGACUCGCGGCGGAGGUCCUGCCCCGCGCUACCCAGCGCCUAUACAGCGCCCCCAUGCGCCAGCACUGCCGCUGUAUCGCGCACCACAACAGCGACCUCACCAUGCUCAGCCGCGCCCCAAUCUCUACUAUCAUCAUCCUCAGCGAAACGGAGGCGGCGGAAACGAGCGCGCGCCCGAGAAUACGGAACCGACCGCCGGCGGUGAGGAGAGCGGCGACCCGGCACCGCCGGCGGAGGUGCAGACCGUGCCCCCGCCGGAGGUCAAAGCGGAGUGAGCGAGCGUUUCGCCUGCCGCGAUUUGCCCUUUCGCUUCUCGCGGACGCUUUCUAUUGCGUCCCGGGAACUCGCCGAAUUUAGGUUUCCGAUAUUUUUAUUAGGACGUAAAUUAUGAAAGUGAUCGUGAGCCGGUCGAGUCGCGUGCGUGUACAUACUAUGUCCGGCGGCUAUCGGCCGGCUCCAGGACGUGGCACUAUGACGCCGUGAGUCGGGUGACCUACUAGUGAAUGUGUAGCGACGAUUUUGUGGAGGAAAUGUCGAUGCAAUAUAAUGAGUAAUAAUGUAAUCUGGAGUGAUACAAACCGAUCACCUUUCGGCUCUAAAGUGGACCGCCGCGCGGUCACACUCCAUGUAUCAUAAUCAAUUAUUAAAUAUGCGAAUAAAAUUAUUAUGACCAA